AUGCCCCAUCUCGACAGCAAUGGCAAUGAAAGGAACAGCACUCAUGUUCUCGUCGCCCCGGCGAGCCACCUGCCGUCCGAGCCUGAGUUUGAGCAGGCCUACAGAGAGCUCGCCAGCACCCUCGAGGACAGCACCCUCUUCCGGGACCACCCCGAGUAUCGCACUGCGUUGGCCGUCUCCGCCAUCCCAGAGCGCGUGAUCCAGUUCCGUGUCGUGUGGGAGGAUGACAAUGGCCAGUUGCAGGUGAACCGGGGUUUCAGAGUACAGUUCAACUCGGCCUUGGGUCCCUACAAGGGCGGUUUGCGAUUCCACCCCUCCGUCAACCUGUCCAUUCUCAAGUUCCUUGGCUUCGAGCAGAUUUUCAAGAAUGCCCUCACUGGAUUGAACAUGGGCGGCGGCAAGGGCGGUGCCGACUUUGACCCCAAGGGAAAGUCUGACGGCGAAAUCCGUCGUUUCUGCCAGGCUUUCAUGCGGGAGCUGUCCAAGCACAUCGGCGCGGACACCGACGUGCCCGCUGGCGACAUUGGUGUUUCCGGCCGGGAGAUUGGCUACCUGUACGGCGCAUAUCGACAGGCCAGGAAUCGCUGGGAGGGUGUCUUGACCGGCAAGGGAUUGAGCUGGGGUGGCUCUCUUAUCCGCCCUGAGGCCACCGGCUACGGCGUCAUCUACUAUGUGCAACACAUGCUCGAGUACGCCGGCCGUGGCACGUUUGCCGGCAAGAAGGUAGCCAUCUCGGGCUCCGGCAACGUCGCGCAGUAUGCCGCCCUGAAGUGCAUCCAACUCGGCGCCGCUGUCGUCUCGCUCUCCGACUCCAAGGGCUCGCUGGUCGCUACGGCUGACAAGCCCUUCACCGCCGAAGACGUCGACAAGAUUGCCAGCAUCAAGGCCCAGCGAGGCGCGCUGUCCGGCUUCGACCAUGCCGAUCGCUACAAGUACGUUGACGGUGCCCGACCCUGGAUGCACGUGGGCGCCGUGGACGUUGCGCUGCCCUGCGCUACUCAGAACGAGGUCAGCAAGGAAGAGGCCGAGGCCCUGAUUGCGAACGGCGUCGUCGCCGUUGCCGAGGGCUCCAACAUGGGCUGCACGCAGGAGGCAAUCGACCUAUUUGAGGCUGAGCGACGCAAGAAGGGCGGCGCGGCCACUUGGUACGCGCCCGGCAAGGCCGCCAACUGCGGUGGCGUUGCCGUCUCUGGACUGGAAAUGGCCCAGAACAGUCAGCGACUCAACUGGACCACGAAAGAAGUCGACGACAAGCUCAAGGCCAUCAUGAAGAGGGCCUUCAUGAAUGGAAUCGAAAUGGCAAACAAGCAUGUCGAGGCCAAAGACGGCGAGCUGCCUUCUCUCGUGGCCGGCAGCAACAUUGCUGGGUUUGUCAAGGUUGCGCAGGCGAUGCAUGACCAGGGCGACUGGUGGGCCUAA